ACCGACUGCGCCAACAAGCGCACAUCUCGCUCUCUAUCGGUGGCCGAUCGUGGUAGUCGCGCACCAGCAUUUACGUGGAUUGGAAGCUGCCGUCCUGUUUCGGACGCUCGAUUAAGUGGAGAAUUAUUGCCAUAUUCGAUCUCGAACGUUCUAUACAGCGCGUUGCCAGGCAGUUUGUUGUGUGUGUUUGCUUGCUUGCUUCCGAUUUUGUGCACAUUCGACACCCACGCACGCACAAAUAGUAAGUGUCACAAACGGCUACAGGGUGCACUGUUCUGCACAUGGUUAAGUGCCCUAGGUUCGAGUCGGUCCCGAAAUCUAGGUCAAUCAGUCGCUCAAUCAAAGUGUGUCAGACUGCAUCGCGCGUUUAGGGUUGCAAUAGCUCUCUCCGUCUGCUUGAAUUGUGCCUACGCUUGCGUAAAAGUGCGAAUGAAAGAGAAACAUGCCCUACGCGAAAGGGAAGUGACUGUUAAAACCUAUUCAAUGAAAAAAAAAACAGUUCAUAUAAUGUUAGACGCAAGUGACUUUGCCGACGAUAAAAGUCAUGUUCUGUAAUGAAUAUUUUAUCGUCCAACUAGGUCAACUAGCAAUGUGAUAUCAUUUUGUAGUUACCACACAGUUCAAUCAAACCGAUUAACACACCCAUACAAAUGUGUUGCGGAAACGCAUAAAGGUGGAAUUGGGAGAAGAUGAUGCUCAUCGUACUCGAGUUUCUCUCAUCGUUUGCGAGCGCGUGCAGCGCACAAGUAACCAUCAUCUUUUAUUUUUAGCUCAAAAGAAAGGAACGGUCAGCAUAUUGAAAGUCAUUUGCGUUUAGGCUUGUAUAGUUUCGCCAGCAAUCACAAUGGGCCAGCCGCUAGUCAGCUCCUGCUGCCGAUGUUAUUCGCUCCGAAGCGGAUCCAUUGCCACGGGAGUACUCGGCAUUCUGCUCUCGAUCAUCUCGAUUAUUCUAAUUUUCACCGUGCGCAUCGACUUCAAGACCAUUCUCAUGGACUGGCUGCCGCAAAAUGUGGUGAAAAUAAUCUACGCACUCAAUCUGGUCAUGACGAUACUGAUCUCACUGCUGAUGAUUAUGGGCGUAAUGAAGAAAAAUCACUUCUUCAUGAUGCCGUGGGUCGUGCUGGGACUGAUGCUUGCGAUAGGAUUGCUCAUUAGCGUAAUUUAUAACGCGGUGGUUUACUUCAUCGAUGGAUACGUUUUGGGCGGAACGCUCUGGAUUGUGGUUGGGCUGCUAUCCGUUGUCAUAUACGUGUACCUAUGGAUCGUGGUUUACAGCUACUUCGUGACGCUGAAGAAUGAAAACGAUCGGGGACGUUACUCGAAGCAGCCAUACCGUCGAUAAGGGGGAGGGUGAAAGUAAAUCAACAAACUCGUCACAAAAGCUCCCGUUGGUUUUUCAAGAGCUUGCCAUCUCUUUAAUUUGUUGUAGUUUUAUGUUUAUUAAUUCGUAAUCAGCAUACUAUUGAUAGAUUCACAAUCAGAUUGUGAAAUGUUAGUCAUUACUGUAAAUACUUAAUCGAGCUUAAAGUUUAAAGCGGUAUAAAACGUAACUGAACAAAACAAAAAUGCAGAAAGCAACAAAACAACUAACAAAUAAAUAAAUCCAAACGUAUCAAAAACAUUAAAAAGAACACAUGUAAAAUCUGUGUUUGAUCGCUGUAUUACUCACACGGCACUAAAGGCAGAACUAACUUAUUUAAAAUAUGUUUUUAUCGUUGUUUGACUGAUAACUCUCUGAUUGUACUCAUAAAAUAUUAUUAAAUCCCUUUACUGACACAAUGAUAAA